AUGAAUCCUCACCAGAAGAACAAGGUCGACGUCUCGUCCCUCUCCCCCGAAGAGCAGCGCCUGUUCCGUCUGUACGGAAAGCUGCCCUCCAAGUCGGACCACUUCGCCAAGCACCUGAAGGACCGCAAGUACUUCGACAGCGGCGACUACGCCAUGUCCAAGGCCGGCAAGGGCGACAGCGUCGACACGGGCAGCGUCGGCAGCCAGCACCCCGUCCCCGAGAACAUCCCCCACCUGUCGAGCCCCUCCCAUAGCACCGGCGCUGGCGGCCUGAACGGCGGGCCCGGUCACCAGCACCACCACAGCAUGAGUGCCCAGGGCGGCGCCGCCGCUCAGCCCGGCAUCCAAGCUCUCCAGGGUGCUGUAGCUGCCGGCGCCGGCGCUGCUGCUGGUAGUCCCGUGAAGGAGAGCAGCUUCCUUCACCGCGAGGAAAGUGCCGUAUCUGAUGGAAGUGCGGUAGAGAAGGAGAGUCUCGAUACCCCACAGCAGGGCAUUCCCAUUCGGAGAUAA